CUCCUACCAAAAUAACACUUGCAAAACCCUCGCCCGCUAUACCCCCUCUCCGGAUCCCCCCCCGGCGGCUGACCGGAUUCGCGUUCUCAGGCUCGGGAUCCGGGCGCUCGCGGCGAUGGACGGCGGAGGCGGCGCGGAGGGGGAGCUCACGGCGCUGGAGACGGCGCUCUACGACCGCCAGAUCCGCGUCUGGGGCGUCGACGCCCAGAAGAGGUGCGCCGCCGCACAAGAACUCACCUUUUCCUUUUAUCUGCAUAUAUUAUUUAUAUUCCUGCUCCUUGUCUCUGUUCUACUGUAGGUUUCGCUCUAUUUUGCUUGAUUUUUUUAGCAUGUGUUGGUUAUUUUCUAGGUUAAAAAGUACUUUUUUUGUGGGUUUAUGAUUUAUUUUGGAUUCAUACCAAAAUGUUUGUUCGUGUUUUCAUCUUGGGACAGUAAGCUGACUGAAUUUCUCUUUGCUUUUCAUAUCUGUGUUCCCUGCAACAGGCUAAGUAAGGCGCAUGUGCUUGUAUGCGGCUUGAACGGAACCACCACCGAGUUCUGCAAGAAUAUUGUUCUAGCAGGAGUUGGUAGUUUAUCCUUGAUGGAUGAUCACAUGGUCACGGAGGACGAUCUGAAUGCAAAUUUCCUGAUUCCUCCAGACGAGAGCAUAUAUGGUGGUAGAUCUCUAGCCGAAGUUUGUUGUGAGUCUUUGAAAGAUUUCAAUCCUAUGGUUCGAGUUUCUGUCGAAAAGGGUGAUCCAUCACUGAUUGAUGGAGAAUUCCUCGACAAGUUUGACAUCAUUGUAGUUAGUGGUGCAUCUCUUAAAACAAAUCUGUUUAUUAAUGAAAACUGUCGGAAGAGAAGCAAGCGUAUUGCAUUUUACGCUAUAGAUUGCAAGGAUUCUUGCGGCGAGAUAUUUGUAGAUUUACAGAAGCAUAGCUAUGUUCAGAAAAAGCCUGCAGGGGAAACUGAACAGCAAGAAUUGACAUAUCCUAGUCUUCAGGUACAUGACUUGGGUUUAGAGUGAUUGGUCUUAUGUUUAUAAAAUCAUUUGACUAAGCCAUACCUUUUUUAUGUUGUGUACCACUCAAUAUAGUGAAUUUUUGUGCCAUAUGUGCCAUGGAGUAUUUGUUAUGCAAUUGGUACAGGUGUUCUAUAGAAGGAAGCUAUUUGGAUUGCAUAUUUGUAUUUGAAACAUGAAAUAGUUAUUCUUUCAAUAAUACGAUUAGCUUAACCUAA